CGUGGUCCACUCUGGGCACAGCCUCCUCCUCCUCCUCCUCCUCCUCUCUGCCUGUUUGUCCGCAGAGUGCUCUACUACCUACUCGGAUCGCCUUAGGAGAGCUAGCACAGAAGGUAAUUUAGUGCCAAGAUGGCAGUUCUCUCAAAGGAAUAUGGUUUUGUGAUUCUCACUGGUGCUGCCAGUUUCAUGUUGGUCACUCACCUUGCCAUCAAUGUAGGCAAAGCCCGGAAGAAGUACAAGGUGGAGUAUCCCAAUAUGUACAGUACUGAUCCUGAAAAUGGGCACAUUUUCAACUGCAUUCAGAGAGCUCACCAGAAUACAUUGGAAGUAUAUCCUUCCUAUUUAUUCUUUCUAACUAUUGGAGGCAUUUACCAUCCUCGCUUAGUUUCUGGCUUGGGAUUGGCAUGGAUCAUUGGACGUGUGCUUUAUGCUUAUGGCUAUUACACAGGAGACCCAAGCAAACGGAGUCGAGGAAUGGUGGGUUCCAUUGCUCUCCUAGGGCUGAUGGGUACAGUUGUGUACUCUGCUUUCCAGCAUCUUGGUUGGGUGAACCGAGGCUUGUGCCAUGGAUCUAAGAGUUGUCACUGAAGAAACAAAGGCUUAACUAUCUCCUUCUUUGGGAUGAUAAAUGUUUCACAUUCAAGUGUGCUUUUUUCUUUUUCUAAAUACAAUAAACUAUUUGGCAUUAGCCUCAUACCUAUA